CUCAAACACACAGUCCACCUUGCCAUUCCUCCCACCCACUGACCGAUAAAUUUGGUUCCAUUUAAGUGAAGCCCUCAUUCUUUUUUUGCCAGGCUCUUUGUGGCGCAUGCAGGUGCCCACGCCGACAAUGGGAGUGUCGCUUUUGCCUCCGCUGCUGCUGCUGCUGUGCGUUAUUGGCCGGGCAAAGACAAUUACUGUAAGGGAGCAUUUCAUUGCUGCUGUGGAAAUCGGCUGGGACUAUGUCAGUGUGGGUGAUGGUGACGCAACAUCUGAUCAAAGGUGGGUGUCCAAAGAUAACCCUCAGAAAUAUAUUAAGGCAGUUUACAGGGAGUACACAGAUGCCACAUACACAAUCCCCAAGCCGAGACCACCUUGGACAGGUAUUCAAGGUCCAGUAAUUGUGACUCAGCCUCGUGAAAAAGUCGUUGUGCACUUCAAAAACCUGGCAUCUCACCCUUACAGUAUCAGCCCAGUGGGUAUAACGUACUGGAAGCAGUCAGAAGGAGCUGGCUAUGAUGACUCCACAAUGGGCAAAGAGAAGGAGGAUGACGCCGUCGCUCCCGGAAAAUACCACAAGUACGUGUGGGACAUCAGUGCUGCUGACGGACCCACAAUUGAUGACCCCGAAUGCCUAACCUACUCAUAUUCAUCCCAAGUGGACCCGGUCCGAGACAUCAACUCUGGACUUGUUGGUCCUCUGCUCAUCUGCCAGUCAAGGGCCUUCAGUAAGGACAACCAGAGGAGAGAUACUGCGUUCGUGCUGCUCUUUGCAGUGUUUGAUGAGAACAAGAGCUGGUAUGGGGAAGUUGGAGACAGGAGGGGCAGAGAGAAUAUUCAGAGGAGCAACAGCAGGACAGAAUAUCACACCAUCAACGGCUACAUCAACUCCACUUUGCCGGGUUUGACCAUGUGCCAAAAACGGGUGGUUUGGCACAUCAUUGGUGUUGGCACAGCCCCAGAGAUCCACUCCAUCCACUUCCAGGAUCACACGCUAAAGGUGUUGAAACAUCGUAAAGUGACUAUGGAGGUGUCCCCCAUGACCUAUGUCACUGCAGAAAUGAAGCCGGGCAAUGUUGGCCGUUUCCUCAUCAGCUGCCAGAUAUAUGCGCACCACUUGGAUGGCAUGAGAGCCAUGUUCAAGGUGGAGAACUGCCCAGGACCAGACCUUCGCAACGUCAUACACGACUACGAUGAGUAUGGCGAGGAUUACUUUAACACUGUUAAUUUACAGCCCAUGAGGCCUCGAGCACUUGGGAGAGCCAGCAGGGGACAGCGGUCAAAAAUCUGGAAACAUUACAUUGCUGCUGAGGAAGUCGUGUGGGACUACGCUCCUCAUCUCGCAGCCACAGACAGUGAGCUGCAGUCCAUUGAGAUGCCGGAGGCCCCUCAUCACCUCGACUAUAAGUAUAAAAAGGUGACCUAUGUGGAAUACACAGACGAAACUUUCACUCGGAGGAAAAACACAGUCAGCACACUCAUGGGUCCGUUACUGAAAGGAAAAGUCAGCGAUCGCUUCCACAUCACAUUCAAAAACCUGGCCAGUCGUCCUUUUAACAUCGUGCCCAAAGACCUCACCAAAAUGUAUCCACUGGGGAGCUCAACCAACGAAAAUGACUUGCGCUCGAUGGAGGUGCCCCCAAAUGGGACCUUUGUCUACGUCUGGGAACUAACCGCCGAUGAUGGUCCUUUGGAGGAGGACCCCCAAUGUCUUUCACAGCUGUACCAGAGUACCGUUUCCCCAGAGAAGGACCUGGCUUCAGGGCUAGUGGGCAUCCUCCUCAUCUGCAAGUCUACGGCCAUCGACACCAGAGGUCGCCUGUUGGCCCCUGAUAAAGAAUGGAGUAUAGUGUUUGCUGUCUUUGAUGAGAACAGAAGUUGGUAUAUGGAUGAAAACAUUGGCAAACACCAGAACUCAUCAAAAAGCACAAAUCCUGAUUUCUACAACUCCAAUGUCAUUUAUAGCAUAAAUGGCAUCAUGUUCAGCAGGCACCAAUUUUUGAUGUGUCAGACUGAUGUCACCUUCUGGCAUGUGGCCAAUGUGGGCACCCAGAGUGAGUUCCUAUCUGUGUACUUCACUGGAAACCUUUUUCAGUAUGAUGGCCUUCAUCAGUCUGUCCUCACCCUCUUUCCGAUGACUAGCAUGACCAUUACCAUGGAAAUGGACCUGCCGGGUGAGUGGGAGAUAAGUGCCUUCGAUGGUAAUCUCAAGAGUCGGGGGAUGAGCAUUCAUUACAGCGUCUGUCCCUGCGACUACGGAGACAUGUUUGUUGACCAAGAUGAAGACAUCGAUGAUAUUUCUGACUGUGUGAACCUAUUGCCAAAGGGAAGGAGACCUCAAAAGACAACGCAUAUGGUCUGGGUGUGCAAAAACUUUACUUCUAGUCAAAAUGAUACUGGUGGCAAUACUGGGUGGACUGUGAAAGGAGAACAAAUCUGUCAAAUGAAGAAUAUGACUGUAGUGUCUUCGGAGGGAGGAAAUGCAAGCAGUGUACCUGUGGGAGGCAUCCCACUGGAUGUUUUGAAAGAAUUGGAGAAAAAUGGGGAGUGGAUUCUAGAUUUGAAUGAGACUGUAAAUGAAAGAAGUGGCAGAGAGAGAAGACAGGCAGAAGGAAACUGGACACGUGAUGAUUUUAGCUCUGCAGAAACCGCAAAUGAUGAAUUCAAAUGGCAGUUUGUAUGGGAGACCGAAGAAAAUAGAACAGAGAAAAAUGUUGAGAUGAACCAAAGGAAUGAGAUGCGACUUGAGACAAAUGUACUCAGAGAAGAUAGCAAUGAAAUCAUACCAGACAGCAAUCCAAACCUCAAGGAGAGUCUUAUAAGUGAAAGCAAUUCAUUGGAAAGGGAGCAAAACUUCAAAGAAAUCGCCAUUAAAAGUGAUUCUAAGGAGCACACAGUGGAUUCUGUCAGGGUGGUUUACAAUUCUACAGCAACAAAGAACAAAACAGGAAUCAACUUGUCUUUGGAUUAUGAUGACUACAGCCAAGAGGAUAAUAGCACAACCAAUGUAAUUACCUCAGACAAAAUUGACAUUCGCUCCAGAAAAACAACAUCCCGCCACUAUUAUAUUGCUGCAGAAGAGAUCAGCUGGGACUAUGGAAUCAGAAAAGACCCUCGUCUUAUCAAACUCAGAGAGGCCCGCCGUGGAAUGAGAAAGUUUCUCCCAAAAUACAAGAAGGUGGUGUUUAAAGAGUACCGUGACAAAGACUUCCUGGAACCUGUCCACAGAGGAGAGCUUCAAAAACACCUGGGAAUCAUGGGCCCUUUGAUCAAAGCAGAAGUUAACGAGUUACUUACUGUCAUUUUCAAGAACAAGGCAUCCAGACCGUACUCAUUUCACCUUCAGGGAGUUUAUGAUCGUACUCAAGCGGCGGGCAUUACACAAAGCUAUGCCCCAUUCCUGCCAGCGGGGGUCCCAGGAGAGCCGGUUCCACCUGGAGAGGCUCAGACAUAUAACUGGAGAAUCACAAGGAAACAAGGUCCUGCUGAUGAGGAAUUUGGUUGCAAGGCUGGCGCGUACUACUCCACUGUAGACAAGGAGAGGGAUCUUCACUCAGGUCUGAUUGGUCCACUGGUUGUGUGUAAGACUGGGACUCUGGCGACCACUGAGAAUUUAGGGCCCAAAAUCCAGGAUUUCAGCCUUCUCUUCCACACAUUUGAUGAGACGAAAAGUUGGUACCUGGAGGAGAACCUGAAGAAUCAUUGUGUCCCUCCCUGUCACGUCUACCCAGACGACCCCUGGUACCACAUCAGCAAUAAGUUUGCAGCAAUAAAUGGCUAUGUGGCAGAGACACUUCCCGGUCUGAUGGUUGCACAGCACCAGCGAGUCAGGUGGCAUUUGCUGAAUGUGGGAAGUGAUGGCGAGUACCACGCUGUGCACUUCCACGGUUUACCGUUCAUUCUUCACACUGGGCAGGAGCACCGUAUGGGCAUCUACAACCUCUUCCCUGGUGUGUUCGGCUCUAUAGAGAUGAUCCCCUCCACGGUUGGCACAUGGCUGGUUGAGUGCACCGUUGGAGACUACCAGCUGGCUGGCAUGAGAGCUAAACUAUUGGUUUAUGAUCCAGAAUGUGCUUUACCUCUGGGAAUGAAAUCUGGAAACAUCCAAGAUUCACAGAUCACUGCUUCAGAUCACAUAGGUACUUGGGAGCCCCAACUGGCGAGGCUGCAUCAGUCUGGUUUUAUCAAUGCUUGGAUGGGUACAAGCAAGUUCUCUUGGAUACAGGUGGACCUGCUGAAGCCAACCCUCCUGCAUGGCAUCGAGACACAGGGUGUGAGGGCAAGCCUGAGAGAAAACUACAUCUCACUCUUUGUCAUUUCCUACAGCCUGGACCAGGAGACAUGGAUCACCUACCAAGGAAACUACACAAGUCAGCCCAAUAUGUUUCACGGGAAUGUGGACAGCACCAAAGUGAAGCACAACAAGUUCUCACCUCCGUUUGUGGCUCGUUACCUUCGGAUUCACCCUGAAAAAUUUGUACUGAGUCCUGCACUGCGACUGGAGCUGCUGGGCUGCGAUCUCAAUAGUUGCUCACAUCCACUAGGCCUCAGGAGCGGACUGAUUACAAACAUUACUGCUUCUUCGUAUCGUUCAUCACUGCUGCGUAAGUGGAUCCCCUCUCUGGCCCGCCUCCAUCAAGAGGGCAGUACUAAUGCUUGGAGGCCCAAGGAAAACAACCCCCACGAGUGGCUACAAGUGGACCUUACCACAGUCAAGCGGAUCACAGGUGUCAUCACCCAGGGGGCAAGAUCUUUCCUGACACAGAUGAUGGUCACCGAGUUCUCGGUGACUGUUAGUCACGAUGGACACUCUUGGGCCAGCGUGUUGGAGAAGGACUCGCACAGGGAAAUGAUCUUCACAGGUAACAACGACCCCGACCAGGAAGCCCUCAGUGUUUUUGAGCCGGCUCUGUUCGGCCGGUUCCUGCGCAUCCACCCUCGUGGUUGGACCAACGACAUUGCUCUGCGUUUGGAGGUGCUGGGCUGCAACACACAGCAGGACUAAAAAGCAGUUAUGCAAAGCACCUUUACGUCACACAUUAACUCUCCGCUUAACUAUAUGGUAUUGGAUCUUUUUUGGCUGUUAAGAAAUGUAAGAGAUAAGGAGUCAUGGAGGGAAAAGUUGUCACUUUCAAAAAGUAUUUGCCAGGGUUAUGGCAACAUCUUCAGAAUGUAAUGUUGUGUAAAUAGUUCACGGAGAGAUGGGUGUACACUGUUUAAUGAUUGUUAUAUAUUGUUGGCAAUCUAUGGACUCAUGUAUAUUUCUGCUGUCAUAA